AAAUUUUUACUUAUUAGAAAUAUUGAUGAAAACUACGUUUAGAAUCCGUCAACAUCCAAAAUGAGGUUAGAGUUUAGUAGACACAAAAUAUAUGUUUAUUAUUCAAAUAAGUUAUGUUCUUGUUUUAAAUACAACUUAGUAUGGAUGAUUUAACAGGCUCAAAAGAAGAGUCUAGUGACUCAGAUAUUUCUAAGACUGAACCUUCAGAAAGUAACAUACCAACAGUCCCAGACAAGGAAAGUAAUAGUGAACAGGAAACUAAUAACCCAAAUGAAAAAUGCGAAAAUGGAGAUAAUACACAGGGGAGCACCAAUGAUGAAUCUACCAAUUCAACAUAUGAUCCAAAGAAUGUGCAUUAUGAAGGAGAUGUUGCAAUUUACACUGAUGCAGCCACAGGUUAUCGUUACCAAUGGGACAAAGAAAAGAACGAAUGGGUAGCAGCCCAAAAUGUUGUAUAUGGUUUUGAAGAUGACACUCACGUUUACACAGAUGCAGAUGGUGUUAAAUAUUUUUGGGAUAAAGUAAAACUGGCUUGGUUUCCAAAGGUUGAUGAUGACUUUAUGGCUAGAUAUCAAAUGAAUUAUGGAUUUACUGAGACCAGUACAAACACUGAAGAGAAGCCUAAAAAUGAUGAGAACAAACUGGAUCAAUCAAAAAAGGUUAAAGGAGAGAAACGAAAAGCCUCUGAACCAACAUGGUUCCAAGUGGAUGACUCUCAAAAUACAAAUGUUUAUGUGUCUAACUUACCUACAGAUAUAACUGAAGAAGAUUUCAUCAAUUUAAUGCAAAAAUGUGGUUUGGUUAUGAGGGAUCCUGUCAGUGGGGUUUUUAAAAUUAAACUUUAUAAAGAACCAGGUACUGAACAUUUGAAAGGAGAUGCUCUUUGUACUUACAUAAAAAUUGAAUCAGUUGAUUUAGCAAUUAAUCUACUGGAUGGUUAUGAUUAUAAUGGACGUAAAAUUCAUGUGGAGAGGGCCAAAUUUCAAAUGAAAGGAGAAUAUGAUCCUAAGAAAAAACCAAAGAUGCGAAAGAAGAAGGAAAAACUAAAAUUAAAAAAACAGCAGGAGAAACUGUUUGAUUGGAGACCUGAGAAACUUAUUGGAGAAAAAGCAAAACAUGAAAAAGUUGUCAUUGUAAAAAAUUUGUUUGAUCCCAGUAUUUUUGAUACUGAUGUCAGUUUGAUAUUAGAAUUUCAACAGGACCUCAGGGAAGAAUGUUCCAAAAUUGGUGAAGUCAGGAAGGUAAUAAUUUAUGAUAGGCAUCCAGAGGGAGUUGCUCAAAUAAAUAUGAGCAAUCCUGAAGAAGCUGAACAAGUUGUAACAUUGUUAAAUGGAAGAUGGUUCAUGAAGAGGCAGCUGACAGCAGAAAUCUGGGAUGGCAAAACUAAAUUUAAAAUAGCUGAAACAGAUUCCCAAAUAACCCAAAGGCUGGACAAGUGGGAUGAAUUUUUGGAAGGAGAAAGUGAACCAAAUUCCAAACAAGUUACAACAUAAUUAUAAUUGCAGAAUUUUAAUAAAAUUGUGUACUUUAUUAAUAAAUAAAUUUAAACAUG